GCAUCAGCAUAGAACAAAUCGAACCCAAUUAUUUUAAUGGAAGGGAAUCAUGUUCUGAUCAAUAAUUUUUUGUGGUACAUGAAGGGAUUAUUAUUGAAAUGACAGCAGAAAAAGAACAAGGAAGGCGCAGUCAAAAUGAAAUAUAAAUUGUUUAACGAUGAAGUGAAGGCAGAAAACAGAGGAUAGAACAGGGGAAGCAAGCAAGACAGACCCGUUGGAACGGUGGAAAGGGUGAGAAAGAAAAGUCUGCAAGAGAAUCCCAGAACCAUACGUGGUAAGGCGUAGGAACUUAGGAAGUGAGGAUCCUGAUAGUCAAUAGAUUCUUCAGUCUCUCUCUUUUUUUUAAUCUCUUUGUUUCCAUUUCUUCGUCAGAUAGUGAUCCGUACCAUUCCAUUUUUUCACUCAUUUUUUCCCUACACUUCACACUUAUCUUUCUGAGCCUACUACUCUCGGGAGCUAACUAGCUAUCUAGCAUAGAUAGAUAAACACUUAUAUCUUUUCCUUGUUAAACCAAAACAGAGCGGGGAAGAAAAAAGUUGAAAAAACACAGAAAAGGAUGUGACUUGAUCUGAGAUAAAUGCAGUGUUGGGUGUUAUUUUGUUAGCUUGAUAAUCUGCAUGGAACGUACAAGCCCUGGAUACUCCAAACCCUAUUAUUGGUCCUCUUCAGAGGGUUAGAAUUAGAGAGAGGAGGGGGGGAGAGAGAAGGGUGUGUCAGGGUUAAGGAUAAAUCUGCAGCCAUAUUCUCAGUCAUUGCUUCUUCUGCAGCUAUUGGUGGUUUCUUAUUGUUGAUGGAGAGGAAGAAAAAGAUCAAUCUUAGGCUUAUAAUUAUAAACAAAGUCCAUCUUUCUUUCAGUUUCUCUUUCUCCUCUGUCGUCUUCAUCUUCUUAUGCUGCAUAGUACUCCUCAGCACUACAUGUCUAGACACAAGCAGGUUUAGUCCCUCUGUUGCCAAAGCUGAUGGAGAUUUUCAGAAAUGUGUGGAGAGAGAUGGAGAAAGCGGGGCAGAGGAAGGAGACAUCGGUUGGGGAAGGAGGAUUCUGGGUGGGCCCGGGUCAGCGCCACCGCGAUGUGCGUCAAAAUGUGGGAGUUGCACGCCGUGCAGGCCGGUGCACGUGACGGUGCCUCCGGGGACGCCGGUGACGGCGGAGUAUUACCCAGAAGCGUGGAGGUGCAAGUGCGGGAAUAAGCUGUACAUGCCACCUGAACUCAUAUUUUGUGGACAACGUCUCGUAUUUAUUUUUGGGGUGGCAUUUAACUACGAAUUACUAUUGUAAAAAAUGAGGAGGAGGUGGGAACUGGGAACAUAUAUAAUGAAUUAUCAAUGAUGCCUGAUAAAUACUGAGCAAAAUUAGGAGUGAAAUUUACGAAGCAACAGAGAUGUCUAUAGUGGUUGGAAAUUUGGGAUUGA